AAGAAUAAUACUAGAAAAUAAAAAACCAUUGAAAAUGAUGCCGUUUUUGUGGUUGCGAAUAUCAACAAUGAGUUCCCUUAAUCUGUGCACUGUACAAGCAAUCAACAUCAUCUGAACAUCACUGCUAUUCCCACUCAUUUUCUUCACUCUUUUCUUGAUUUUUUUUUUCUCCAUUCUCAUUGAAAUCUAAGAAAUGCUACUUUCUCUUGUACAAUCCGUUUAUACAUCACCCUUUCAAUCUAUAGCUCACACUGGCUUCAAGAAUAUACUAAACCCCGCUUCUGGUCUACCCAAAUCACUCUUUCCCACUUUUGAUACUGACCAGCCAAAAAGAUUUUUGUAUCUAAGCAAAAGAUCUUAUUAUACUGCUACUAGAAAGGUCACAGUUAACGCUUCUUUGCUUGAAACUCCAGUUUUAUGGGCAGGCCGGCUUUGCAUCUUUUAUGCGCUCUUGAAGUCUGGUUUAGCUGGAUCAAAGGCUAAUCCACUUGUCUCAGGUUUGGAUGGUUCUGGUACUAAUGCUGAAUCUGGUGAUUUGGGUUUCUCGAAGUGGCUUGAUACUAUACAAGGAAAACCAGAAAAGGAGGCAGCUGAGAAAAGGAAAUUUGUGAGCAAAUGGCAUCCAACAACAAAGGGAACACUUAGGAGGAACUAUAGGGUCCCUUCCAAAUCUGAAGGAAGGCGCCUUCUUAAAGCCAUUGCAUCAUUACUAUCUGAUGACGAUCACUUCACCGACGCCACUUCCCACAAGGGUUGUCAAAUUAGGAGGGAAAGUGCUCAUGGCGAAAGUGUUUGCUGCAAUAACGUAAGGGCUCUUUUUGAUGAACUUCCAACACCACACCUGGUUGUGGAAAUCACAGCUUUUCCUGCUGGUCCUCUAACUGAAAAAGACUACGUCAAGGCUGAGAAAGUAGAGAGAGUGCUUAGAUCAGGCCCUUCUAUCUGACGCAUUCUUCAAAAUCUCCUGAUAUCCUUUGUAUGUAUCUGAAAACUUCCAUCUGUAAAUAUGAAUUCUAACAGGAAUUUGGUAUUUUUGUUCUCUUAUAACCUAACACCUAAUAACUUUUGGAAGACCGGUUAGGUGUUGAUUGAAAUCAGAUUUAGCUUUUCUGCUUCAGCUUAAAUUUACGUCGGGAUUGAAUGAUAAACGAUACAUUACUUCUUUGACA